UUCUUUCUCUCUUUCUUAUAUGUAUAUUUUAUACUGGUUGAUGAAACCCUUGCUCUGUUAUCUUAUCCAAUCUGAAUCCAAUCUGAAUUUCCUCAUCUUCUGACCAUGUUCAACUCAUGGGCACAACCACAGCCACCACCACCGAUAGCAUCAUCUUCAUCAGCCAACCUGACACCAUCACCGUUGCUCUACUCACCCUAUCCAUCACCAGAGCCUCUUCAAUCGUCAACCUCAUCCUUUCAUCAUAACCGAGAGACACCAUCACCUACGAUAUCACCAUUACCCAGUGACAACGUUACCUCACCAUAUAAUUACAGUAAACCAUUUUACGCUGAUCCCAACAACAACACCGAAGAUAAUUUCAGUGAGGUUGCAACUUGCACAACUGCCGCGGCUAACCCAAAGCCCAAAAAGCGGAUCAGCUUUGCGUUACCCGAUGAUACUAGUGGCUUUCCAGGCUCCUCAUCGGAAGCUUUCACUAAACUUCGCAAUCGACGAAUGAGCAGUCCAGCAGUUCCCAACAAUUCAACCGCUGUCCAUAAACCCACUCGGCCCAAAAUACCUUCACUUAAAAUGUACAAAAUUUUGGACGGACUUGACCUUAAAAGUUCCGUUCCACUCUCACCGACUCGACUUUAUCAAAGUUUAGAAUUUCCAGAUUUAAUAUCAUGGAAAUUACCGUCCGAAAAGGAGAAACCAGUAAUGAUUGGAAUAACAAAUUGAACCAACGAAAAGGGAUUGUUAAAGUUAUCAUAAUACGCAAGAAUAAGAAGAAGAUGUGAUUAGCUAAUCAGAUUGGAGAACCUGAAAAGGGAAGGAAAUUCAGCAAAAUUGGAACGGAAAUUGAAUCAAUAAAGGAUGAUAAAAAAAAAGGAUGAAAAGGAAAGCCAAGAAAAGAAAGGAAAAAAAGACAAAAAAAUGAAGCAAAAGAUGAACCUAGUAAAUGGUGCCAAAUGCAACAAUACAGAGUAACUUUAACCUUAAUCGAAGUAAAAACUGGACAAUAAUGGACACUGAUGAACAAUGGUGAUGGACAAUAGCUAUAAAUUAUCGACAAUUAAAUCUACUUAUAUGGACCAUUAAGAAGGGGAUAAUAAAUGGCAGUCAGCAGUUGACGUUCAGUGGAACGCUAUUUUUUGAGACAAAAAAAGACUAAGAUUGACCAUUUUAUCAUCAACGAAUGGACAUCAUUUUCACAUGUCACAUUAGGCUUAAAAUGAAUUUUUCAGAAUAGAUUAAUAAAUUAAUUAUUUAGUAA